GCGGGUUCGAACUGGGUUGGAUCUGGGUUCGAACAGCGUCUCGCGGUCGGGUUAGGUCCGGUGCCUGCCAGCGUCUGACAACUACUUGCUCGCUGCUCUCGAGCGAGAGCUGGCUUACAACGAGCGAAACGUUCGCAAGGUGCCGUCGGUGCGGCUGGUUUCCUUGAGACCGACGAGGGGUGGCACCCUUCAUCGCCGAGGCGGGAUUUCUCUAGCCGGUCGUUGAAAUGGCUCUCCCGUGAUGCCUCAGAGUUGUGUAGAGAUAGGCAUGAAUUGUGAGUUUUCUCGUGUCAAUUGCAGAGAAUGAUGGCUCAGGUGGGUCUUCUUCCUCACGAGAAUGUUCUUCACGGUUCUCAGAUGGACCCUCCCAUCGAAUCGUUUCUUCAAGCCUCGUGAAGAAAGAGUACCAGGUUUGAAAAUUUUGGUCAGUUGUAAUACUGGAAUGGCAGGUGCGGGUUCAUCUUCUCGUUUGCAACCAUUUCAGGUCUCCAGUCCUGGACGACUUGAGAACCCAGAAAGAUUGCUGCACGAGUCGCAUUCAGCUCCAACCGGGUAGUAGGUUGGUACUUCCUUAAGACCACAAUUUUUGUAUGACAGUCCGGUCAUCUGUAGACCGAGACUUACACCGAGGCAGGUGUUGAAGUCGUGGGCAACGAUACAUGCAUGACAGUUCGGCCACUAGAGAUUCAGAAAUAUCCGUCGACAGGUGAUAAAACCGUGGGCAACGCUGUCUAUCCAUCACCAUCCCGCAGUUGUCAAGUCACUGUGUCUUACUUAUCUUAUCUCUUUAGGCACUUUUUAAAACCUGAGUUCUCUCCAAACAUACAUGUUCACCGACAGUUGUGAGAGGAAGCUUGUCGCCCUGUUGUGUUAACUCACAGCCACUCACAACUCACUUUUGAAAAUGUGAAAAGUCAAUAUUGCACGGACACAUUCAAAAGACAUCGUGGUUUCAUUCUCUGCGCAACAUUUGAGCUAGCUCGGCUUCAAACGCGUACUCGUCUGCCCGGGAAGUUUUGUUUUGCUGCCUAAACAAUCGAUUUCAGGUCCAAAUUUCCUGGCCUAGUAGGUACACCGUACGUGUACAUGUUCAGUGACCUGUCCGGCUAUCUCAAUCUGACAAUUUAUCAGAAUUUAGCUUAAGGGCUCCCUCACACUUCUAACCAGAAGGUGGCUGGAGAGUCGAAAACUUUUGCCACGUUUUGGUGGAAGUAGAAUUGGAACGUUACAUUUCCUGAUACCGAGUUUAGUCACUAUCAAGACG